CCAAAAUUCGUGCACCACCACAACUCACGACUCUUCCAGUUGACCGCACGACGCCGUCGCCCCAGCAGAAUCUGGCCUUUCAGUAUAAUUUAAGGUGUCACCGGAAUUGAUUGCCACUCUGUUCCGGUUGGCAGCGCCCAGAACCCGGUUCUUCCUAUGCCCCUCUCGGCUCCGACAGAUUGCAUGCUUGAAGGCGCUGGCGUGCUGUCGAGCCAACGCAUCAACUUUGACAACACUUAGCAUGCCCGUCAGGCAGACUACCCAUGCACCUACAGCAUCCGCCGCUGCUGCUUUUACCGGCUUCCUCUGGUUCGCGUCUGCUGCGCUUAUCCUGUGCUGCUGCCUUAUCCCCUGGCCGUCGUGCUGCCAUCCUUUUUGUCAAUCGUACUCGUCUGAACAUGCCUUCCCUUCCUCCAACAGGGCACAGGAAUCUUGUCCGGGUGUCCAUUGCUGCUGGUCCGAGAAUCAAUUGACCCAGCUCCUAUGGUAUCGUCAUCCAAUUGGCUGGUCCGGAGCCCAUUUCCCACCAGGGUAUAGUGAUCGUUUGCCGCGUAUUGUCUAGGGUGCUAUCACUCUUGUCCCCUCUGCUUGCAAUGCCUGGACCCGGAGAGGCGGGGGAAAGGGUUGAAUCGGCAUAUGACUGACUAUGCGUUUUCAUCACCGCGUAAGCGGGGCUGCAUAUGGAGGAGUGGAAGUGGGAAGAUGGGGGUUGAAGCCAUCCCCCGUUGACAUGCAUCUCCACCCUGUCCAUGGAAACGUAUAAAAGGCCGUCUUUUUGC